UCAUCCAGCAUGCCGCCCAAGAAGAUCCGCAAGGUGGACGAUGCUGCUGGGAGUGCUCGGGAUGCAGCGGCUGUUCCACAGUCGCCGCAACCAGCACCCGAUAAGGCCCCUCUUUUGACGUGUGAUGUCUGUGGAGACAGCUCGUUUCCUUCGCGCAACAAGUUGUUUCGCCAUCUCAAAGACUGUGCUGUCAACCUUGCGUCGCACAAGGUGAAUGCGGCUUUGCUCAACACCCAGACAGAUGUGACAAACGUAUACUACUACGUGACGGGAGGACGUUUGCGUGGACGAACGCUCGGGUCGGUAGAACGAUACUCUCUUCACCGCAAGUGUUGGGAAGUGGCCCCGCCGAUGCAGGAAAACCGCGGCAGUCAUGGUGCCGUCGGCGUUGGGAACACUCUGUAUAUCCUUGGCGGGGGUGGAUUUCGCUCCAACCUUGCCACGUGCGAGAAACUUGAGAUCCCCGGCGAGAAGUGGACUGCUAUUGCCCCCAUGACCACCUACCGACAUGCUCUCGCUGUGGUGUACGUGCCUGAACAGAAGUGCAUCUACUGCGUGGGUGGAUGGGUGAAUGGAUCCAAAUGUUCACCAGUCUUGGAGCAAUACGAUAUCGACAACGACAAGUGGACGACAUGCACACCAAUGGAAGUGCCUCGUCGCCUCCUCGGGGCGACGUCUUUUGCCGGCAAGUUGUAUGUGUUUGGCGGAAACGGCGACGACCACGAUGACAAGCACAAGAAAUGGUACAGCGACGCCGUGGAGUCUUACGAUCCAACGACCAAUGCGUGGACGCGAAAAGCGCCGCUUCCGACGGCUGGUCCUUGCAGCGCCGUCACAGUCGGUGCGUUCAUCUUUGUAUUUCUCCAUGGCAAAUCGGUGCUUCGUUACGAUCCGGCUGCUGACUCAUACACGACGCUGGCGCCACUGCCGCUCGCCGAGUGGUUCUGUUUUGACGCGAAUGCUUUCGGACACACUGUGUACGUGAACGGAGGGAUUACCAAAGGCGUGUGGUCGAAGGCGUUCUAUCUGUACGACACCCUCACCAACAAGUGGACCGAGCUUUCGUCUAUGCAAACGGCGCGCCGCCGCUGUGCCGCGGCCCUUGUGUAUGCACCGUCAUCGUAGAGCACGUAAUGUAAACAGGACCUUCGUUAGCUGUGAAAAUAUCUUGAUCUAUGGAAAAAUUGCAGUUUUGGA